CGGGGAAGCCAGAUUCCCGUGUGUAGGUAACAACAACUGCAGAUUCACUGUGGCAGGAGAGGUCGUAAAAAUGGGGCAAAACUCACUUAAUAACUGUCUUACUUUUAGCACGGAAAUGUUGCGCUCAGUUGCGGUGGUGCUUUGAGGACCCACCCGUAUGGAGCCUCUGGCUUCCUUCUUCCAAGCCGCCUCUGAUCAGAGUCGCUCCCGUGAUCCCCGACCUCUAUGCCUGCUUGCCAACCCGCACCUUCCACCUGGCUCUGCUGGAAAGGGAAGGGCGCCAGGUUGGAGAUCGUAAGCCAGCCACCAGCCCCGGGCCUCAGCUAGCUAGCACCCUCCAGACCCGGCAGUUCAGCCGCAACUCCCACCAUCCCCGAUUGGCCAGCUGGCUGGGGAUGCUGGGCUUGGGGAUCCCUUCCUCUCCACUUUGGAGCGCGCGUAAGGGGCUCUCCCGUGCGCCCGCCGGUUGCUUCUCCCUCCCGGCAAACCGGCGCGGCCAGCAGAUGGCUCCGGUUCCUCGGCUGGCCGAGGCCCUCCCGAACGAAGCUCCUCUUUUCCGCCUCUCUUCCUUCUCCCUCGCUCCCCCGCUCGGCGACCUCAGAGGGGCUGGUCUUCCUCGAGGCCGAGGCUGCGAGAUCCGGUCCGCGGCGUCUAUGGAGCCGAAGAGUCCGCGCCUUCGGUGGAGGCUUUGGCGGUCGGUCUGAACGAGACGACCGAGCAGCGCCGGGGUGGCGGGUGGGAGGUUCAAUUGCGACCCCCCCCCCCUCUCCAGCCUCUGUUCUUCGAAUUGGAGCAGGGGGUUGGACUAGAAGACCUUUGAGGUCCCCUCCAGCUCUGAGAUCUUAUGAUUCUUCCCCUCCAUCCACCCAGACGAGGCAUCCUCCAUCCUUUUGAGGGGAGCAGAAAAGAGGCGUUGGAUCUGACAAAAGAUUUGGCAAAAUGAUGUGUGUGUUUGUCUUUGGAACUUUCCCUCCUCCAGGAGGAAGAGAGAUGGUGACCACGGAACCUUUUCAGGCGCCACCGUUCUCAUUUGAAGAAGUAGCUGUGUAUUUUACAGAGGUAGAGUGGACACUCCUGGAUGCAGAGCAAAGAGACCUGUACUGGGAUGUCAUGCAAGAAAACUAUGAGACUGUGGCUUCACUAGCUGUUGCAAUCCCCAAGCCCGAGCUGAUCUGUCGUCUGGAACGGGGAGAAGAGCCAUGGAUCCCUGCCCAAGCAGCUUCAGAAGAGAAAAAAAUCCCCCUUAACCUUUAUGAAGGAAACAACUUUGCUUUGACUUCUACCACUAUGCCAGCAAGCGGGGUGAUCAUGAGGGAGAUCAAGGAAGAGAUCACAGAACCUGAAAUCUUGGAUCCAGAAGAUCCCCCGUGGGCUUUGCUGAGGGCACCCCCAGAGAACCCUUCCUUAGCUUCAGAAGCCCGGUGUGGCCUGCAGAGACAGUGGGAGCUGCAAGCCGGGCACAUCUGGCGGGAGCCCUCCAGGCACAUAAGGGCAGCCAAUUCCAAGCACUCCAUGUUCCACGUGGGCCGGAAAAAGCUCAUGUGCCCGGAAUGCGACCGGUGGUUUCACUGCAAAUCGGAAUUCUUGCUGCACUGGCGGACCCACACAGGGGAGAAGCCUUACGAGUGCCUGGCUUGCGGCAAGCGCUUCAUCCAGAGCUCCCACCUAAGUGCCCACCGGCGCAUCCACACGGGCGAGAAGCCCUACGAGUGCCCCCGGUGUGGGCGGAGCUUCAACCGGCGCUCCACCCUGACGGAGCACUUGAGGAUCCACACCGGGGAGAAGCCGUACAAGUGCCUCCAGUGCGGGGAGAGCUUCCGCUGGAGGCCCUACCUGACCAAGCACCAGAGGGUCCACCUGGGCAAUGCGGUCUACAGAGGCCUCAACAAGAGAGAAGCCAUCUUUGAUGUCUCAGCCCAUCCUGAGCCUCUGGGAAGACUAACAGGUGACACCAUUGAGAGUGGCGCCCCUGAAGCCGAGUCCCUAUGUACUGCCUCUAUCUUGUCGAAACCCUGCAGUGGGGUGAAGCCCAACCCUGAGAUCUGUGGGCUCAGGCAAGGCUCAGGUGGGCAGCCGCUCAGGUGGCCCAUAAAGACUGAAUCGGAGCCACUCCUUGGUGGGAACGACGUCACCGACAUCAGCCAAAUCAAGAUCAUUCAGGUCGAGAAGAAGCACGUGUGCCACGACUGCGGAAAAGCCUUCCAGUAUAAAUUCGAGUUGGUGAAGCACCGCAGGACCCACACGGGGGAGAAGCCUUUCGAGUGCCUGGCCUGUGGGAAGCGGUUCUUCCAGAGCACGCACCUCAAUGCCCACCUGCGCAUCCACACGGGCGAGAAGCCCUACGAGUGCCCCCGGUGUGGGCGGAGCUUCAACCGGCGCUCCACCCUGACGGAGCACCUGAGGAUCCACACCGGGGAGAAGCCGUACAAGUGCCUCCAGUGCGGGGAGAGCUUCCGCUGGAGGCCCUACCUGACCAAACACCAGAGGGUCCACCUGGGAGAGAACACCUACAGAUACUUCGACAGCAGGGACACCCUUUAUGACAGCUCUUCCUUCCCAGAGCAUCAGGAGGAGAACCAACCAGGUGACCACGUGACAGCCAAAGGCCUGGCAGAAAAUAAAUCACGGAGUGACCUUGGGGCAGGAGAAGUCGGUGGUGUGUUACCACGCAGCUCUGACAGAGAUGGUUCCCUACAGCCCAGGGUAGUUUUCAAAAGCGGAAAUGCUUGAGGAAAAAAAGGACUGAAUCCGACAGCUUCAGAUAAAAUCAUUCCUCCAGCUCCUGGUUUUGCCUUUGGAGAAGAUGAUGACAGGCACAAACAGCCCAGCAGCUGAAAGAUGACAGCAUCCAGUGCAAAACCUUUUUAUCCAGGAGAGAAAGGGGGGGGGGGGCUUACAGUCCCAAGGCCUCAUGCAACAUUUUAAAAAACAAACUCAAAAAACAACAAGUGUUUUACUUUCUCCUCUAGUAUUAAUGGCUAUUUACUCAUCCAAUUUGUACAGCUCUGAAGGCGGAGGGGAUGCCUUUAACCAGAUAAAAUAAUAUCAUUUUGUUAUUGUCAAAAAAAAGCCAGUGGGCAUAGAGAAAUUCAAUUUUUUUUUUCCAGCAUAAACUAAUAUAUUCCAAAUUUUUGUUCAGGUCUCUGCAUUCCCCAGAUUUCCAGCUUAUGAUAUACAGAAUUAGCAAGGACACAAAACAUGCCAGCAGUGCCCUAAUUUUGGCGUGGUAGCAGUUAAAGUACUUAACAUUCGGCUUCGCUCCCUGACAAAUAUAAAAACAACGUGAUCAGGAGAAAAAGAGAAAUGUGGAGAAUAUGAUUUUUGCUUUUCGUGUCCCAUUCACAAGGUGUCCUUAAUUAAUAUAUUAAUGCUUUGAAUUCUAUGUUGAUCUCUUUUUUAAAUUGAGUAAUUCAGGAGCACGUCUUAUAACAAGGGAUAAUUAUU